AUGGAAGGUUAUGUCAAUAAUAAUAAUAAUAUCACUUAUAAUAUUAAUAAAAAACAGUAUUCUAAUCGUUCUUCGUGUACACGUAAGUUCAUUGCUGGUGAAGCCGAUUUAGCAGAGGGAACAAGCAAAAUGACAACAGAAACAGAUGCCAAUGAAUAUACUAAUUCAAAAUCAUCUCAGUAUGGUUUAUCAUCAUCAGAAAACAACGGUUCGGUGGUCGUUCCAUUCGUUCCAGAGACAACAACUACUUUUAAAGAAGAUUUGGACCAGGAUGACGAUGAUAGUAAAGAUAAAGGAUGUUGUCUUCGUUAUGAUAAUGGUUGUUGUGUAAUUCUUAGUCGAUGGUGGAAUGUUCGUUAUCCUUGUCAACGUAAAAUUAUUGAAUUCGUCGAAAAACCAAUGUUUCAUAUAUUCAUCGUUGUAUUUGUAUUGAUUGAUUGUUUCCUCGUGAUAGCUGAACUUAUAUGUGAUCUGAUUAAACUUAGAAAACCUUGUCAUGCAAAAACAACUCAUUCGGCACAUUCUCAUCAUGGAGAAGAUCAUCACUUAGAAUUAGCCAUUGAAAUUCUUCAUUUUUCAUCUUUGGCACUAUUAGCAAUGUUUCUCAUUGAAGUCAUUGUCAAAGUAUGUGCAUUUGGACGAGAAUGGUGGAAUUUUCAUAAUAAAAAAAUGGAAUGGUUAGAUAGUAUUAUUGUUAUUGCAUCUUUUAUUAUUGAUUUAUGGAUGAUGCAUAAAGAUAAUCUUAUCGCCGAAAUAUCUUUACUCUUCAUAGCUAUUCGUUUAUGGAGAUUUAUUCGAAUCAUCAACAGUGUGGCUCAAUCUAUUCGAUCACAAGAUGAAACUAGAAAAGAACAUCUAGCUACUACAUAUGUUCAAGUGAUUGAAUUGCUCUUGAUGAUCUCAGAAAAUAAGACGAAUUCGACGGUGGAACUUCGUCGUCAAAUGAAAGCAGAAAGUUGUGACGACAUCAUUGAAAAAUUCACUAAAAUUGAUCAAAUGUGCCGCCAUAUUAUCGAACAUUGUCCGCAUCCUUCAUCAGUGAACACUGUUACUGGUAUUACUCAUCAUUUACAAGAGGCCAUUGAACAAGCUCGACUAACAUCGUCAUCAAUGAAUGUUCCUUCCAAAAACUAA